AUUCAAUUUAAAAAUGGAAAAUUUUCCCAAUAGUGAUUCGAUUGAUGAAAAACAACAACAACAACAAUUUCAACAACAACAAUCAAUUCCUGAUUCAUCAAUGAAUAAUGAUAAUGAAUUAUUGGAAAUAAUUCGACCACCGAUUUCAUCCAGACAACAACAACAACAACAACAAUCAACAUCGAUACAAAUGUUAUCAUCAUCAUCGAAUGAUGAUGAUUAUAAUUUUCAACAACAACAACAACAAAUAACAUCAGCUACAUUAAGAGCUGAUGAUUGUUAUUCAGCAAAUUCAUCAUCAAAAAAAACAAGUACUGUUGCAAGUACUGGUUAUCUAUUAUCAAGUUCAAAUGUUAGCGAAAGUUCUGGUUUUUGUGCAUUUGCAUUAACAAUCAUAUCAAUAAUAUUGAUUGUUUGUACAUUACCAUUUUCAUUAUUUUUAUGCAUAAAAGUUGUACAAGAAUAUGAACGUGCUGUUAUAUUUCGUUUAGGACGUUUAGUACGUGGUGGUGCAAAAGGACCCGGUAUAUUUUUUAUCAUUCCUUGUAUUGAUUCUUAUUGUAAAGUUGAUCUUCGUACAGUAUCGUUUGAUGUACCACCACAAGAAAUUUUAUCACGUGAUUCGGUAACAGUUUCCGUUGAUGCUGUUGUUUAUUUUCGUAUUAGUAAUGCAACAGUUGCCGUUUCGAAUGUUGAAGAUUAUGGCCGAUCAACUCGUUUGUUGGCUGCUACAACAUUGAGAAAUGUUCUUGGUACUAAAGAUCUAUCGCAAAUUCUAAGCGAACGUGAAUCAAUAUCGCAUGUUAUGCAAAGUUCAUUGGAUGAAGCAACCGAUCCAUGGGGUGUUAAAGUUGAACGUGUUGAAAUUAAAGAUGUCCGGUUACCAGUACAAUUACAACGUGCAAUGGCAGCUGAAGCUGAAGCAGCACGUGAAGCACGUGCUAAAGUUAUUGCUGCUGAAGGUGAACAACGUGCAUCAAAAUCAUUAAAACAAGCAGCCGAUAUUAUGAUGGAUAGUCCGGCUGCAUUACAAUUACGUUAUUUACAAACAUUAAAUUCAAUUGCUGGUGAAAAAAAUUCUACAAUAAUUUUUCCGAUUCCUAUGGAAUUUUUUCAUGGAUUUAUUCAUCAUAAUCAACAUCAACAACAACAACCGACUAAAAUCGAUCCAACAUGACCGAUCUAUCGUUAA